CAAAUAUAAAUUAUUGUUAGCUAGAAAACUAGUUUUCAAUUUAAGUUACCAAAAAUAGAAGAAGAAAAAUAAACCAAGGAAAUAUGGAGAUAGAUUGUGGUGAUUCUCAUUCAGGUGAUGAAGUUUUUGUGUUCUUAUCCGAUAGUCAUACUCAAGGCAACCAAUCCUUGCCCUCAGGGCAUCCUAACACAAACACCAUUGAUAGACAAGAUUUAAAGAAGCCUCGAUUAUUAUCAGGAAAAACGCUUCGAAAGAGAACCCCCCUUCAUCGUCUUACCUUGUCCAAGCCUAAAUCUCGAAACAAUAAGUUCAACCUCCGUUCCAAAAUAAAUGUCACUGAUCAGUUUGACAUGGAUCAAACUAUCUUAGAAGAAGAUAUGAAUGAUAUUAAUAAUAAUAAUAGUAUUGGUCCUUUUAGUAGCUUGGACUUCUCCUCCCCCUCUUCCUCCGAGGAAAAGGAGGAAGAGAAAAUUGGGAGUCAAAAGUAUCACACAUGUAAAAAAAAGAAAAGGAAGAUCAAGUGGAGGAGAGUGGGAGAGUGGUCAUUGUUCUUUGUUAUAGUGACUUGCUUGGUCCUUUCACUUACUUUACCCUUCCUUCGACACCGCCCGACGUGGGGGCUAGUGCCGUGGCAGUGGUGCCUAAUGGUGAUGGUGGUGUUUAGCGGCCGCCUUUGCUCGGGGUGGCUUGUGAGUUUCUUGGUGUUUGUGAUAGAGAGAAACUUCAUGCUAAGGGAGAAGGUGUUAUACUUUGUGUAUGGGUUAAGAAAGAGUAUUCAAAGUGUUAUUUGGCUUGCGCUUGUGUUAUUGGCUUGGACUUGUAUGUUCAAUGCACGAGUGCAUCGAAAUAAUAAGGUGGUGAAGAAGGUAUCUCAUUUGCUAGUCGCUGUACUUGCUGGAGCAAUCAUAUGGUUGACCAAGAUUGUGUUGGUGAAAACUCUUGCUUCCUCUUUUCAUGUGAGGACUUACUUUGACCGUAUGAAAGAAAGCGUCUUUCAUCACUACAUACUUGACACACUCUCAGGUCCGCCAUCGGAUCAAUUAUUAUGGGAAGAACAUGAAACAAUAAAAAGAUCAACAUCACUGCCUACAAGAUGGAAGGAUGCUAAGAAUGCAAUAAGAUCAAAAAAAUAUGGAUCAAGGAAAUUGGAUAUGGAGGAUUUGAGAAAGUUAAGCAUGGAAAAUCCGACAUCGAUUUGGACAUUAAGGAGAUUGAUAAAUCAUAUAAGAGCUUCUGGUUUGUCCCCAAUUUCAAAGACGGUUGAUGAAUAUGGAAAAGCUGAAUCUGAGAUUACAAGUGAAUUGCAAGCCAGAACUACUGCUAAACGCAUCUUCAAGCAUGUUGCAAAACGUGGUGCAAAGUACAUUGAGGAGGAGGAUUUAGCAAGGUUCUUAAAAAGAGUUGAAAUUCAUGUUAUACUCCCUCUCUUUGAAGGAGCAAUUGAGACUAGAAGGAUUACAAGGUCCUCCUUCAGAAAUUGGGUCGUACGAGCUUAUUUCGAACGAAAGGCUCUAGCACAUUCCCUGAACGACACCAAAACAGCAGUACAGCAGCUUCACAAGAUAGCUUCAGCGAUUGUCAGCGUGAUAAUAUUUGUAGUGUUUCUAAUGAUGAUGGGAUUAGCAACACCAAGAGUAGUCGCGUUUAUUAUCACACAGAUGGUAGUUUUGGGUGUCAUCUUCCACAACACUUGCAAAAUCGUCUUCGAUUGCAUCAUGUUUGUCUUUGUCAUGCACCCUUUCGAUAUAGGAGAUCGUUGCAAAAUUGAUGGCGUUCAGAUGAUUGUAGAAGAGAUGAAUAUACUAACUACAGUUUUCCUGAGAUAUGACAUGGAGAAAAUCUACUAUCCAAAUGCAGCUCUUCUAACCAAGCCAAUUAGUAAUUUCUACAGAAGUCCAGAAAUGUGGGAUAAAAUUCCUUUCUCCAUAGAUGCCUCCACUCCAAUUGAAACCAUAAACGCGCUUAAGAAGGCUAUACAAAGCUAUAUUGACAGCAAGCCAAAUUAUUGGAAUUCAAAACAUAAUUUCAUAGUACAAGAAAUAGAAAACCUGAAGAACAUGAAGAUGGCCUUAUCCGUGCAACACACCAUCAACCACCAAAAUUAUACUGAACGCAGCAUGCGUUUAACUGAGCUCAUUCUGGAGUUGAAGGAAAUUAUUCGGACGCUUGGUAUCAAAAAUCACCAUCUUCCACAAGAGAUCCAUCUUAUCCGAUUCGACAUCAACAAUACUGCUCUGUAAUUCAAGUUUCCAUCUUAGGAAAAGCUUUGACAAAUUUAUAUGUGCUAUAUUACUCAGGGAGUCAGGACUCUGGUACACUUAUUUGAUAUGUAUUAUGUUUCUACAUACUAGACUCAACCUAAUAUCAUAAUAUAUCUCAAAAGGAAAAAUAUGCCUUAUGGCCUAUUC